CUCGGGGAGGGCCGCGGCGGGGGCAGCAGCGCCCGCCGCCGCGCGGCCCCAUGCUGCUGCCGCUGGCCUGCCUGCACGGGCGGGUGGCGCAGUGCCUGACCUCCCUGCUGGUGCUCGCAGAGCCGCCUCCCAGGCCCCGGCGCGGCGCGAGGACGCGCGGCGCGACACCGCCGAGCGCGGAGGCCGCCCCCCACGCUCUGCGCACGAAGAUGGCCGCGGAGCUGUAUCCGCCAGCCGGAGCGGCCGCUGCUGCCGCCGCCGCCACCGCCACCGACAUCGCCAACAGCAACGCCGCUGGCGCGGCCACGGGCAGGAAAGCCAGCCCGCGCAGCCCGCCCCGCCCGGCGCCCGCCCCGCCACCGCCGGCGCCCGCGCCGCCCGCCCCCGACAACAACAACCCUGAGAGCCCUAACUGGCAGUCCUUCCAUCCGACGCUGCGCGAGAGGAACGCGCUGAUGUUCAACAACGAGCUCAUGGCAGAUGUACACUUCAUCGUGGGGCCGCUGGGGGCGGCCAGGCGGGUGCCCGCUCAUAAGUACGUCUUGGCAGUCGGCAGCUCUGUCUUCUAUGCUAUGUUCUAUGGGGACCUUGCAGAGGUCAAGUCCGAAAUCCACAUUCCUGACGUGGAGCCCGCGGCAUUCCUGGUCUUGUUAAAGAAUCUCCAUUUCCUAAGAACAAAGUUCACAUGGUUCUCUCCAGUGGUUCUCGUGCUGAGCCAUCUGAGCCCUGAGCAGCACCAGGACAGCACAGUGACCCUCUCCCACCCCUGCAGAGCCAGCCUGCAGCACCUGAGCCUCUCCACCCUGCAGAUGGAGGCUUCCCACUGCAACAGGCAGCACAGAGUACCUCCAUGUGGAGGUGCAGGCUAUGCCCAUCAACCCUUCCAGUGGGGAAAGUGGUCUACCUGGAGCAGGUCGCUGAGAUCAAGGAGCAUGUCUGCAGCCGGAGUUAAGGAGCAUCUUCAUGAAAACUAUCAGAACUGCACCUCCAGGGGCUGAGCCUAGUCUGCCACACCUAAGCUCAACACCUGAUCAAGGAGGCUGAGGUGGCACAUCAGGCCUGUCUGAACCUUCCAAUCCCCAGGUGCUGAGGGAGGACAAGGGACUGCAAGAAGAGGUGUGGAGCCAGGUCAGGGGAACCAGAAAUGGCAGGGGCUUCAUUAUGAUCCUCAGGAGGACAGGGCCUUCACAGAGCAGCUCCCGUGCACCUGCCCACUCAAGUGUCCACUCCAUGGAAGGUCUUCUGCCCACAACAGCAUGGAAAUGUGCAAGCCACCACAAUCAUGCUCCAUUCCUCAAGGACUUGCUCAGUGCCUGCCAGGUGCCAGCACACACAGACUCCUAGGAGAUGGGUACAGGCUGGGGGUGUGUAUUUCAGUGGUAAACUGUUUAACAGGUACAAGGCCCUAGCUCUGCCUGCAGCACAAAUAAGAAAACAAUAAUGCCAUUCAGUGUCUGCUGUCUGUUAGCUAAAAAUCUAAAACUACAACAACAACAACAACAAAAAACAAACCUUAGGGUGCUGAGUCUAGCCUAGAGCAGGUGUCCACAGAAAAGUCAAGAGGACUCAGAUAUGCAAGGGAGGACCUGACACCACCAUUCCAAGGCCCCAGGGGACUAGAGAGGGUAUUGAAGGCAAUGACGCACCUCAGGAUAGAGGAGUGGGACCACCAAGUGCCCAAGGAGGAGGACAAUCCAGCACCCAUACUUCUGCAGGUCCCUACUGCUCUGAAUGCCAGCCCAGCUCACAGCACAAUCUAGAGCAGAACCCAGGGUGCUCCACCACAGCAAAGGUCCCAGCACUCAGCAACCUGCCCUGCACUGGCUGUGCAGGCACUAUGUCAGGGGGCACAGGGGCUCUGAGCACCACUACCUGCAUAGCACCAACACUUGCUAUCGACAGCCCUGAGGCCCACUGCCUGCGUUUGGAAUCCCAGGGCUAUGGUAUUCCAACACUGGGGCAACUGUCUACACAGUCCUGACACCCACUAUCUAUACAAUCAUGGUCCCUGCUUGCCAGGGAGGUAUUCAGACUAUCCUUCCUCCAUUUUCUUGCAAUGGCAACUGAAACUAGGAAUCAACCAGGAAUUUAAAAAAAAAGGUGGGGGGCUGGGGCUGGGGCUGAGCAGUGGAGCGCUUGCCUAGUGUGUGUGAGGCCCUGGGUUCCAUCCUCAGCACCACAUAGAAAUAAAUAAAAUAAAGGUAUUGUGUCCAACUACAACUAAAAAAUAAAUAUUAAAAAAAAAAAGAAUCAAGGAACCAGGGCAGGGGCUGGGCAGCAGCAGCACACUUGCCUGGCAUGUGUGAGGCCCUGGCUUCGAGUCUCAGCACCACAUAAAUAAAUAGAUAAAAUAAAGGUCUAUCAACAACUAAAAAAAAGAAUCAAGAAACCAAACUCAGAGGUUAACUCCUAUUCCUGCUCCACCCUGCCACCAUCGUGACUGAGGAUCAAACCCAGAGGUGUUCUACACUAAGCUGCAUUCCCAGCUCUUUUCAUUUCUAUUUUGAGACAGGGCUGCCCACCUAAGUUACCCAGGCUGACCCCAAACUUGUGACUCCUGCCUCUGUCUCCCAAGUAGUUGGGACUACGAGUGUGCACCUCCACAUCUGGCUCCCACUCCUGGUCCAGCAUAAUUCCCAGCCCUCACCAGAAGCUGAAGUAGAAAUAGCCUCUUGGGACACCAGAAACCAUUCUUCCUGCCCACCCAAGUGAACAGUGCAGCUGGCAGAGGCUCCAGAAACAGGUUCCCCUGAGCUACCCUCAUUCCACCGCUCUGUGCAAAAGCAUAUAGCUGGCUGUAAUGUUUAAGACUGUCAAAGAGGCAUGAAAGGCAUGAUGGCACAAACUUGUGAUCCCAGCGACCCAGGAGGCUGAGGCAGGAGGAUCGCAAGUAGAAGGCCAGUCUGGGCAACUUAGCAAGACCCUGUCUCAAAAUAGAAAUUAAAAAAGACUGUGGGUAUAGCUCAGCAGAUUGAACCCCUGGGUUCAAUCUCCAGUACCAAAAAAAAAAACACAAAAGAAGAAGAAGAAUGUGAAAGGGAAGAAGGUUUGACUCAGAACCUCCUUUCCAACUUUUCUGAAACAGAACCUGGUGGGCCCCACAACGGCCAAGUUCUAACAGAUCCUGAACAUAAUCUGGGGUAGGGUCAGUCUCCCCAGAACAUGGGUCUCACAAGGACCCACUCCCGUGUCGUGAAUAGCCUGCCCUGCUCCUGCACACUACCCAGGGCUACCUUCCUGCCAGCCCUAAGCUGCAAUGGAGAGCAUGUAUCUGACAAAACUGAUGUGGGUCUUGUGGGUGCCCCUUCCUGGCCCACUUCGUCUGUCCACAGAAGAGCCAGUGCGUCAUGACUCCACUGUCCGACUCCUACAGUGCACCAGAUCCAAGAGCCACAGCUGGCUACGGCAACCCACCAUGAGGCUUCCUCUGUAUAAUCCUGCACAUCACUCUUUCUAUGACAUGUGAAGUCUGUGAAGUGCCUACUCAAAGCCUCUGCUCUGAACAGAGAACCUCCUUCCACGUGGCCAGGCCACCAGAUUCAGAGAUGCUCAGCACAGGCCUCUCCUGGCCCCAUCCCACAGCCUGUGCCAACACUGCCAUCUGCUGGGAGCGGUGCAGGAAGGGCCCAGACCAGAUCCCACUCAGCUGCACGCCACCAGCAGGUGCAGGGCCCUGAGGCCACUGACCACUGGGCGGGCAGGGAUCUCAGGGUGCAGUUACAGGGCCCAGUCACGGGUUCGGUGGUCACUAUACCUGUAGCCCUGGGAUUCCAAAGGCAUUUGUGCGGCCCAGCAACCUGAGGGCCGUAAGGGGCAAGCUACAUGGAGCACAAAUGCCUUUCACAGCCUCGGCCUCCCUCCGCCUCCCAGGUUAGCUGUGCUCACAACCUGGCAGAAGCAGCCUCCUCGGCCAAGAACAACGGUAACAGCGGAGAGCCAGAGACACCGCCACUCUGCCUUCUCCUUAGGGCAGCUGCACUACCCAGCAUACCCAGUCUCAUGGCAAGGCAAAAUUUAGAAUUCAGGAAUAUCUAAAUCAGCCAGACUCAAGAUGAAGCCACUCCAGUGAGCCUACCCUGUGCACACAGCUUCCUACACGGCACUCCCUGAACAGCACAAAGGCUGGGCCUCUCGGAGCCAGCUCUGUAGGAGGAAAGAGCUGUGUGUGCAUCUAUGCAUUCAGAAAGAGUGUGUCAGCUGGAUGCUGCCACAGUCCGAAGCAGGCUGGACCAGCCACCUCGGGCAGGUACACCCUGGCACAGGUAAGGAGGAUUAAAUCCCUUUGGGAGGAAAAAUGCCCACUGUCUCCACACUUUCCCAGAUAUAGACAAGACCAAAUGAACAAAAACCAAGCCAUACACAGCCACAGAAGAUCUGAACACAGAAUACAGAGGGCUCUCAUACAGCUGAGAUGAGAUGGAGAAAUUCAGCAAAAAAAGGGAUUCCGACAAGAAGGACCUAUUGACAAAUAAGCACUGAAAUUACAAACAUCUAAAGAAACGAAGGUCUAACAUCUGUGUAACUGAAGUCCCAGAGAAGGAAGAGAGAGAGAGAAUGGGACAGAAAUGAUGUUUAAUAAGACACUACCCAAGAUUUUUCCCAAACAGACCAAAAGAUAUCAAGUUACAAAUUCUAGAAGCUCUACAAAUAACAACCUGGGUAAAUAGAAAAACAUAUCUAGGUACAUCAGAAUCUAGCCCCUGAAGCUAAAGACAAAGGGACUUCUUCCAAAGCAGGUGGUGAUCAGAGACAGUGACCUUCACAGUACAAGAGUCCUCACAGGUGACCUCAACAUGAAUCAAGCAAGGCCAAGGAAAACAGAACAACAGCACAAAACACUAAAAGAGUAGAGCCGGACUUCCAUGCCCACUGAAAACAUUUUUCAAAAUUGAAGAAAAAUGUUUUGUUUUGUUUUUUUUGUCAGCAGACAUACUAAAAGAAACACAAAAGGGGUUUAUUCAGAGGAAGGAAAACAACACCAGGUCAAAGCACAGAAACAUAGGUAGGAAUGAAGAGCCCUGGAAAAGGCCAAAAUUGGGUCAAGCUAAAGGAAUCCUAACACCUUACAGCAGCAGCAAUGAUCAAACAAGGGCAUGGAGAUUCUGCACUGCUUGGGAAAAAUCGGCAUUCUCCUUUAAGGUAGACACAAGUCAAGGACCAGGACACAAUCUCCAGGGCAAGCACCAGGCUAAUAACAAAUAAAUAUGCGACCAAGGUAUUUGGAAGAAAAACAGAAUAAUAAAAAUUUGAUUACCCUUAGAGGUGAGAAGAAAGGGGUGGAAGAAAAAUUGGUACACAGAAAAUAUAAAAAGAAAACAGAUUUAAACUAAAUAUACCAAUAAUCAUAUUAAAUUUAAAUGGAUGAAAUUCUCCAAUUAAAAUUAAAAAAAGACCAAGUCGGAUGCAGUGGCCUGUAAACCCAGUGACUCGGGAGGCUGAGACAGGAGAAUCACAAGUUUGAAGCCAGCCCCAGCAACUUCUCAAGACCCUUAGUAACUUAGCAAGACCCUGGCUCAAUAUAAAGAAUACAAAGGGCUGGGGAUGUGGCUCAGUGGUUAAGCAUCCAUAUCAGUCCCCAGAACCCAAAAUAAAUUAAACAAAAAUGCACAAUUUAUGCUUAUAAAAGAACACAUUCUGAAUAUGUCAAAAAGGACUGAACUGGGCUGGGGAUGUGGCUCAAGCGGUAGCACGCUAGCCUGGCAUGCGUGCGGCCCGGGUUUGAUCCUCAGCACCACAUGCAGACAAAGAUGUUGUGUCCGCCGAAAACUGA